UUUAGGUUUAAUUAUAACUUUUACUUAAUGUAUGAAGUAUUAAUGUGAUUACAAGCAAUUCCAAUGAAAAUGAAUUAUAUUACAGUGUUAUAUUGGUGUGUUUAUAUGGCUCUAGUUAAAGCUGCAACCAACCCAUGUAUCGAUAGCAAGGCCAAAUCGUGCAGUGAUUGUAUCAGCAUACCUGGAUGUGCAUGGUGUGAAGAUUCCAAUUAUGCAAACAAUCCUAAUGUUGUUAUUUCUCGAUGUGAUUUACCUGAAAACCUGGAAGUGGAGGGUGAAAGAUGUCCAGAACAUGCAAUUAUUAAUCCAAGGUCUAAUCAAACUAUUGACAGUAAAGGAAACAAACCUCAUUCAAAUGUGGGCGAAUCAGCUGUGGGUAAAGCGACUCAGAUUCGUCCUCAGAUUAUUAAUUCAAGGAUAAGACCAGGUGAUCCCCUGAAUAUUGAACUUUCGUUUAAACAAGCUGAAGAUUAUCCGGUUGAUCUUUAUUAUCUGCUUGAUCUUUCAAAAUCUAUGGAAAAUGAUCUUAACUCGUUAAGAGCACUAGGUCGAGAGUUAGGAACCAGUAUGCAGAAUAUCACAAGAGAUUUUCGUCUUGGAUUUGGUUCAUUUAUCGAUAAAACAGUCAUGCCGUACAUUUCAACUGUACCUGCCAAAAUUAGAAACCCAUGCAAUGAUAAAGCACCAUGUGUUCCAACAUAUAGUUUCCACAAUGACUUACCUUUAACUCCUGAGAUCGAUGCCUUUGUUAACUCUGUAAAUAAUGUAACACACUCUUCCAACCUUGAUAAUCCUGAGGGUGGUCUUGAUGCUAUGAUGCAAGCUAUUGUGUGUAAGGAAAAAAUCAACUGGAGAAAAGAUGCAACACAUCUUCUUGUGUAUUCGACUGAUGCGAGUUUUCAUUAUGCUGGGGAUGGAAAGCUUGGUGGAAUUGUUCUUCCCAACGAUGGAAAUUGUUACUUGGAUGAUAACGGUCAUUAUUAUAAUGCUAAUGCGAUGGACUAUCCUUCCAUUGGUCAUCUUGUAAGAAAGAUAACCAGUCACAACAUACAACCAAUCUUUGCUGUAACUACCAGUGUUAUACAAACUUACACGAAUUUACAAAAAAUGAUUCCUAAAUCUGUGGUUGGUGAAUUAUCUGGAGAUUCAUCAAAUAUUAUUCAACUUAUACAGAAUGCUUACAAUGACCUAAAAGGGCAGGUUCUUCUUGAAAUCAGAGCACCACCAGAGGUCACUGUUUCAUCACAAACAGCUCAUUGUCAGAACCAAACCAUACCUGGCAUGCAAUGUGAGGGAGUUAAACUUGGAGACAUUGUAAACUUUACAUUUACAUUGUCAACUGAGAAAUGUUUGAAAUCGCCAGUUCAAGUUUUGGUUUCUCCAUAUGGUUAUAAUGAAGUUGUAACGAUAAAUGUUGAAUCACAUUGUGAUUGUCAGUGCGAAGAAACACAGGCACCAACAACUAAUUGUUCUGGUCAUGGUGUUUACGAAUGUGGAUCAUGCGUUUGUGAAACCGGGUUUACUGGUCUUGACUGCUCCUGUGAUCAGAAAGAUGUUCUUGGAAUUGAAUCUUAUCUUGCUAACUGCACAGAUCCAGCAACCGGUGUUGUCUGCAACAGUGGUGGAGAGUGUCAAUGUGGAUCCUGCAUUUGCAAACAAUAUGCAAACAAGAAAAUCGAUGGAAAAUAUUGUGAGUGUGAUAAUACAACAUGUGAUAGAGCUGGAGCAAGGGUUUGUAAUGGUUUUGGUAAAUGCAACUGUGGUGUUUGUGAAUGUCAAAAUGGUUGGAAAGGCAAGGCUUGUGAUUGCACACUAGAUCAAACUGAAUGUUACGAUUUAAGUCCAGACGCAGUGGACUCCAGCAAACCAUGUAACGGCAACGGCGAAUGUGAAUGCGGACAGUGUGUUUGUAAUAGUCGUGGUGGAGCAAAGUUUCGCGGUCAGUAUUGCAAAACAAAACCAUUGGUUAUAUGUGAUAUACAUAAAGAUUGCAUUCAAUGCAAAGCUUGGAAAACUGGCAACUACAAUACAACAGAGUGUGAAAAACAAUGCACAAAGUAUAAUGUUACAAAAAUGUCCAAGGAAUAUCAGUACAGUGGUUACACUAAUGAAUGUCGAUUCACCGACCUCACAGAUGACUGUAAUUAUCAAGCCACGUUUGAAGAAAUUGACGGAAUCAUCAUGGUAGAAGUAGAACCUGACAAAACUUGUACGACCUAUGCCAAUCCAGUCUACAUAAUUAUUGGAAUUAUUGCUGCUAUUGUUGGUAUUGGGCUUGCUAUUCUGCUUAUAUGGAAACUUUUAACUUCCAUCAAAGAUGCAAGGGAAUACAAAAACUUCCAGAAGGAAUCUCAAAACCCUAAGUGGCAGGGGGGAGAAAAUCCUAUUUUCAAAAAAGCAACUUCUACCUUUAAAAAUCCAAUGUAUUCUGGUGGGAAAACUGCUGGAAAUCUGUGAUGACGGUACUAAUAUGCAUUCCUGAAAUUAAUUCAACAUUCAAGAAUGUUUUGAUAGUAAAAAUUAUUGUGGAUUUAAACUGUAUUAUUUAAAAUUUGAUAAAGAAUUUAAAGUUAAAUAAAAAACUUUUGCUUUUUUUUUUUUUCAUACCAAAUUGCUGUUUACUUGGAUACUAGACAGCAAUGAUUGCUUUUUAGUUGUUUUGCAGUAUAAAUCAUGUUAAAAAUUGUUUGUAAAACCAGCAACAAAUAUUUCGUAUUAAUAAAACAUCUGAUGUAUGUUUUAAUUACAAAUCAUUACUUGUUUAUACGAUCUGAACUUAUUUUUGAUUUUUUCUAAAAAAUAUGUUAACAAUACUCAAUACUAUUAUUAUGGUUCAUCAAAUUGUUUUAUUUUAGUACGCUAAAUAAUUUUAGUGUGCAUUUGUGAUUUUGUUGUUUUAUUUUUAAUGUACAAUAUUAAUGUAGUUUUGAACGAAUAACAAAUGUUUUGUAGCUAUACUAACACCUGCUUGUAUAUGUGCAUGUCGUUGUUAUGUUCUAUAUGUUUGUGCUUGUACACUUUUGUAACCAUCAACUUUCUAGCAUUAAUCAGCCUUGAAAACUUUUUGCUAAUUCCAUUAAAUUUUCCAUUUCUAUUUUUGAAUUCUAUAUCACUGCCUCUUAUUAAAACUGCAAGAUAACGCACCAAAUUUUCAAAUGUAAUUAAAUUAAUUUAACAAUUUU